UUCAAAAAUAUUAUAUUGGCGAAAAUCAGAUUCAGUGUCACAGACUGAAAUCCUUUACUCUCCCAUGUCUUGAGAUAUCUCGUCCUUCAGUAAAAAAAUUUUUUUUGUUAUUUUUUGGAAAUUGUACGAAGUUGUCGUUAAAAUUAUCUGCAAUGUCGGGUUUGUCAGAUAAGGGCAUAUGUUUCCAGGGUAAAGACCUCACUGAGGAACUAGUUCGAAUUUUCACUGAAGACUCUGACUGUGAGGAUGAAGAAUUUAAAGGCUUUGCUGAAGAUAACAUUAAGCCAGAGGAGCUAGUGCGUUUCGUUUAUGAAGAUAGGGACGAUGGUGAAGACUCCUUCACCCGUGUAAAGAGGACUGGUCUGCGCAUAGCCUUCAGGCUCCCUAUGAAAAGAAGACGACGUGUCCAGGAGAAACCUUUGGAGAACAACAAGCAGGGUGGAUCACGGAGCGGGGAGGUCAGGGUGAGUGAGAAACAGCAGACCAAGGAAGAAGAUGACGAGCCUCAGAUGAGCGCUGCUCCAGCGCUUGCUGCAGACGCCACAGAAGAGGACGAGUGUUUAGAGACGGAGCCCAGUGCCAUGGAGAAACGGGCCACCAACAUCAAAGAAAACAAAGCCAUGCUUGAAAAGUUACUGGCUGACCUAAGCUUGCUGUCUCCAUCAAAGAGAACUUCAGCCACCAGAGUGUCUAAAAGGAAGAGGGUGUCUGCUAAGGAUGGGAUGUCAUUGAAGAUGAAUGUGCGGCGUAAUCCAAUUCGCAGAGCCCGGCCUCCAGAGAAUUUUGCGGCAGAGUGCCUGUUGGCCUCUCGCUCAAAAUACAGGGGACAUCUGUUGAAGAUCAAGAGAGCCAGGAUCAUGACAAAGCUCAUAGAGAUGCACAGGCAGAGAGAGCGAUCGCCACGGAAGCACUGUCGUCAUGGCACUGCUCGGGCGCUUGAAGACACCACCAAGGAGGAGCUUGAAAGUGUGGCGAACACAUCAGGAGAUAAGAUCCAUGACAAACAACACGGUAGUACUUGCCAUCAAUGUAGGCAGAAAACAUUGGACACGAAGACAGUGUGUAGGAACCCCAAAUGCACGGGUAUCACAGGGCAUUUCUGUGGGCCCUGUCUGAAGAACCGGUAUGGUGAAGAAAUCCGUACUGCGCUCCUGGAUUCUAUGUGGGUGUGUCCUCCUUGUCGGGGUAUAUGUAACUGCAGCCUGUGUCGCAAGCGGGACGGACGCUGUGCUACCGGCAUACUCAUCCACUUGGCCAAGUUCCAAGGCCACACCAACGUCAAGGACUACUUGGACAGCCUUCAGAAAGAAUGUUCAAUCUAAGUCAACUGUGUCUUCAUUCUUUGUGUUUGUAUUUUACUAUGCCUGGAUAUUUAUAUUUGAUUUUAUAAUUUUCGUUCAUGCUCCAAGCUCCUUUAGGCCUGUAGGUUUAUCAUUGUUUGCAUCCCCAUGUAAAGUGAAAUUAUUAGUCAGUUAGUGACAAAGUUUUUCACUCUUACUGUAGUUACUUGAGGACUGUUUGAAAAAAGAGGAUAUUUUUGUUCCAUUUAAAAUAAAUGUUCUUCUGCAGAAA